AUGGCGGACUUGGGUGAAGUGCGCAAGGAGCAUCGCUUCAACGAAGAAAAUUUAAAUAGCUAUCUGAAAAWAAAUCUGCAAGGAUAUCCAAAAUCAAGCGGCAAGCUUGUUGUAAAGCAAUACAGAUCUGGACAGUCAAAUCCAACAUACUACAUCAACAAACAUGGUUUUGAUGCUGUUCUAAGAAAGAAGCCUUCAGGGCCAUUACUUCCUGGGGCACAUAGGGUUGACAGGGAGUUUAGAAUACUAUCAGCAUUGCAUAGGGUUUCUUUUCCAGUUCCAAGACCUCUGUUAUAUUGCAGUGAUACCAGUGUGAUAGGAACAGAGUUUUACAUAAUGGAGCAUGUCAAGGGCCGCAUCUUCCGUGGGCCAUCAUUAGAUGAUCUAUCACCCAUCGAUAGGUCUAAAGUCUACAAAGAGUUGAUGAAAACACUGGCAAAGUUACACUCCGUUGAUUGGCAAGCACUGGGGCUGUCUGACUAUGGUAAACACAGGAAAUACUUAGAGAGACAGGUUGCAACAUGGGGCAAGCAAUAUCAUGCAGCCUCUACUGGCUCAAAUCCUAGCAUGGAAAAACUCGAGCAUCUGCUAAAGUUAAAUGUACCCGAGGACAAUUUAAAGACUGUUAUAGUUCAUGGUGAUUACAGGAUUGACAAUAUCAUCUUUCAUCCAUCAAAGUGUGAAAUUGUAGCAGUACUUGACUGGGAAUUAUCAACUCUUGGUCAUCCUGUCUGUGAUCUCGCAUACACWUGUCUACCGUAUUACAACCCAGAAGCCUUCACCCCUGGCGGCCCACUAAAUCAAAAUCUCAAAGGAAUCCCAUCUGUAGAAGAAUGCAUUUUAAUGUACUCUAAAAGCAGUGGACUUAAUAUCCCAAGGGAAAACUGGGAAUUUUGUGUYGCUCUCAACUUAUUCAAGAGCGCUUCCAUAGCACAGGGAGUAUUUAAGAGAUCUCUCCAAGGAAAUGCAAGUGCAUCAAAUGCUUCAGCAUUUCUUCAUUUUGUAACACCUAUUGCCAAAGAAGGGCUUAAACAUCUAGAGCACUUUGACAAGAAGGAGAAUGAAGACGAUGACAAUCUGCUGCCAUCAGAGUUCAACAUGUUACACAUCUCUACAAAAUGUAGACAAUUGUAUAAACAAAUAAAAACGUUUGUAGAAGAGCAAAUUAUUCCAGCUGAAAAGAUAUUUGCUGAACAUGUUUCAAACCAAUCGACUCAAUGGAAAAUACAUCCUUAUCUUGAAGAACUAAAGGCAAAGGCUCGCAAAGCAGGCCUAUGGAAUCUUUUCUUGCCAGCAGAGUCUGGCUUGUCUCAGCUAGAAUAUGCUUUGCUUGCUGAAAUCACUGGCAAAUCYGCCAUUGCUCCCGAAGUUUUUAACUGUGGUGCACCAGAUACAGGGAACAUGGAAGUCCUUCAUUUAUAUGGAUCAGCUGAACAGAAAGAAAAAUGGCUGACACCUUUGCUAAAUGGAGAAAUAAGAUCAGCAUUUUGCAUGACUGAACCAGGAGUUGCAUCAUCAGAUGCCACAAAUAUGGAAUGUCAAAUCAGAAAGGAUGGAGAACACUAUAUUGUGAAUGGCAGAAAGUGGUGGAGUAGUGGUGCAGGAGAUCCCCGGUGUAAGAUAGCCAUUGUGAUGGGGCGUUGUUAUGGCAAUGACUUACCAAGACACAGACAACAUUCAAUGAUAUUGGUCCCACUUGAUACUCCAGGCGUAAACAAAGUUAGAGCUCUUACUGUCUUUGGUUAUAACGACGCACCUCAUGGACAUUUAGAAAUUGUUUUCGACAAUGUUCGUGUUCCAGCAAGCAACAUGAUACUCGGAGAGGGACGUGGUUUUGAGAUUGCGCAAGGACGUCUAGGCCCCGGGCGGCUGCAUCACUGUAUGCGAUCCAUUGGUUUGGCAGAACGAUCCCUUCAGCUGCUUUGUGAACGUGCAAUCGAUAGAGUUGCUUUUGGUAAACGGCUUGCUGAAAAGGGAAUGGUACAGGAGCAAAUUUCUUUGUCAAGAAUGGARAUCGACCAGGCCAGAUUGCUUGUACUUAAAGCAGCGUAUAUGUUGGAUACCAAAGGAAAUAAAGCAGCCAGAAAAGAGAUUGCAAUGGCCAAAGUUGUUGUCGCUCGAAUGGCUUGUCAGGUGAUAGAUCGUGCCAUCCAAGUGCAUGGUGGGAUGGGUGUUUCUCAAGAUUCACCGCUGGCCUACAUGUAUUCAGGUGCACGUUCAUUGCGUAUUGCUGAUGGACCUGAUGAGGUUCACAUGGAGGCAAUAGCCAAGUUAGAACUGAGARAACAUUUAAAAGCAAGACUUUAGUUUACAUUCCGAAAAAUUMAAAUAUUCUAUACACUCAUGCAUAUAUUUUUGUACGGAAUGUCACUGAAAUGAAACCGUGAUCAGUUAGGUGGACGGCCCAGUUGUAUGCAGCCAUGGUUAAUAUAUUAAUCCAUGGUUAAAUUGUACGUAGUUUAUUUAGGAAUUCCUAGGAUUCGCACGAAUAGACAAUUUAUAUAUU